GCGGCAACAUGGCGGACGUGCUCAGUGUCGGAGUGAACCUGGAGGCCUUUGCCCAGGCCAUCAGUGCCAUCCAGGCGCUGCGCUCCAGCGUAAGCAGGGUGUUCGACUGCCUGAAGGAUGGCAUGCGGAACAAGGAGACGCUGGAGGGCCGGGAGAAGGCCUUCAUUGCGCACUUCCAGGACAACUUGCAGUCUGUCAACCGGGACCUCAACGAGCUGGAGCGUCUGAGCAAUUUGGUGGGCAAGCCAUCAGAGAACCAUCCUCUCCAUAACAGCGGACUGUUAAGCCUGGAUCCUGUGCAGGACAAAACUCCUCUCUAUAGUCAACUCCUUCAAGCAUAUAAAUGGUCAAACAAGUUGCAGUACCAUGCAGGUCUAGCAUCUGGUCUUUUGAAUCAACAGUCAUUGAAACGUUCUGCUAACCAGAUGGGAGUAUCUGCUAAACGUAGACCAAAGGCUCAACCCACGACUCUUGUCUUACCACCUCAAUAUGUUGAUGAUGUGAUCAGCCGCAUUGACAGGAUGUUUCCUGAAAUGUCUAUCCACUUAUCCAGACCCAAUGGAACAUCAGCAAUGCUUCUGGUGACCUUGGGAAAGGUGUUGAAAGUGAUUGUCGUCAUGCGGAGCCUCUUCAUUGAUCGAACAAUAGUGAAGGGGUAUAAUGAAAAUGUCUAUACAGAAGAUGGCAAGCUUGAUAUAUGGUCCAAAUCCAACUAUCAAGUAUUCCAGAAGGUGACAGACCAUGCCACCACUGCCCUGCUCCACUAUCAGCUGCCCCAGAUGCCGGACGUCGUGGUCAGAUCCUUCAUGACCUGGUUAAGAAGUUACAUAAAGCUGUUCCAGGCCCCGUGCCAGCGCUGCGGGAAGUUUCUACAAGAUGGCCUUCCCCCGACGUGGCGGGAUUUCCGAACGCUCGAAGCCUUCCACGAUACCUGCCGGCAGUAACCCCCGGCCCAGCCCCAUGCCUGCCUGCAGACCCCUGGCCAGCAUCUUCCAGACAAGCCCUAAGUAAUAUUGAUGGCUGAGACAUGUCUUCACUGCCCGGGUAGCAAUACAGCCACUCUCUCCCUUUUGUAAAACAGCAUGUCGUAUGUUCAGGCUGAGCCUCUUGAAGAACAGAUUCUGUCUUUGUGUUGAUGGGACUAAUUUUACACUUUAGCCAGUAUGUGGAAGGCCAAAAAGACCAUUUUAGAACUCAUUAUAAGGAAGUUAUGCAGCAUGUUCUUCCAUGUAUAUUAGCGAUCCUAGUGAAUUGAUCCUCUUGGAUCCAUGUUCUAAGUCAUUUUCAUGAGCCAUUAGAGUUUGAAUGAGCCCUUGUGUUCAUACAUAUUGUCAUGCUGGGUUUUUUGUUUUGUUUUGUAACUUAUUUUUAUAAGCAGUAAACCUUUUGUACCCAGGACAAGG